AAAAGAACAUUCUUUUCCUUUACAGGAACUUUCUGGUCAUACUUCUUCAGUACAGUACUCUGUCAGACUGGAGUCCAGUGAUGCCGCUACAGAAUUUAUCAGAAAAACCCGUUGUUACAGAUAAUCUGCUGAAAAAAACACCCAGGGGUUCAAAUUCCAUCUGCACACAAGAAAGGAAGCUAGUGUUUCUCUCUCUGCUACCAUGAUGCAUUGAUCACAGAUGUUUCUAAGUGAAAAGGGCUGGCAUUUAGAACAUCAGAAUCUGAGUCAAGUGGAUGGCCUUCAGCAAUAUAAGGAACCAGGAAAUCAACAGCAUGAGACUGAAUAACAGGAGGCUCCACAUGACCUAGAACAGCUUUGUAACACAGGGGACCAUGAACUUCCAGAAAACAGGCAGCAGAACCAACUGCCAUUUGUUGGUUUGGAAGCUGAGAUGAAAGGAGACAGGCUACAGGGGAAUGUGGACCUUCCAGAUACUGAGAAAAAUGUUCUUCUUUUGGCCCUAGAAGUAGAUAUGAGAAAGUCAGUGUCAAGAACAUUGGUACAUCUGAUCUCAGCUUCGAUAAUCCCUUCAUGGAAAUGGGAGCAUCAAAGUAUAACUCCUCAUCUGAAAUUUUAAGCACUUUAUUUCCACUGGCGGUUUAUAGACCUGGAAAGUAAUGUUGACAUGUCGGGAACAAAUAAGGAAUUGCUGUAUGUCCCUCUCAAAAGUCUCUGUGGCAGAUGUCAGCCCUCUCUGGAGUCAAUAAAGAAACGAAUUCAACUGUAACUGCAGCCUUGAGGGAACUUGACAAACUUUUGGUUAUCAGUAAGAGCAAAGCUUCAAAAAAUACAUGUGCAGGGUUUAUCUGCCAAUCAGAAAUGGUAGCCAAGAGCCCAACAGGUACUAAGGAGCUUUGAGAAAAUUGGACCCGAAGUGACUGUCUUACAGCUUUCCAGAAUGAACAGUGCCCACAAGUCUGUUUUCACCAGAUUGCACCUGUAUCAGUGGGGACUGAAAUACUAACAGAGCCUGUGUUCCCUUCAGAGACUCAUGCAAAGUGCUUCAUCGCGUGAAGGACCUCGCUAUUUGAUUUCACUCGACGGCUUUUCAUUUACGUUACACACUGACAAAGUCAUGAGCCAAAACUGUCACUCUCUGAGGGUAGAAACUGCCAUGCUUCACAAAGGCAAGAAGUAAUUUUCCUGUAAUCACAAGAUGACUCAGGAUGGAUCAUGAAGCUGCCCAGCUGGAGAAGCAACAUGUGCAUGAUGUGUAUGAGAGUACGGCACCUUACUUCAGUGACCUGCAGAGCAAAGCCUGGCCUCGGGUCCGCCAGUUCCUCCAGGAGCAGAAGCCCGGCAGCCUCAUCGCUGACAUAGGUUGUGGGACUGGAAAGUAUCUUAAAGUGAACAGCCAGGUAUACACCCUGGGCUGUGACUACUGUGGGCCAUUGGUAGAGAUUGCCAGGAGCAGAGGAUGUGAAGUCAUGGUAUGUGACAACCUUCAGCUCCCCUUUAGGGACCAGGGCUUGGAUGCUAUCAUCUCCAUAGGAGUCAUACAUCAUUUUUCUACAAAACAAAGAAGAAUCAGAGCAAUAAAAGAAAUGGCCAGGGUCUUAGUUCCCGGAGGUCAGCUGAUGAUUUACGUGUGGGCCAUGGAACAGAAGAACCGGCACUUUGAGAAGCAAGAUGUGCUCGUUCCGUGGAACAGGGCCUUAUGCUCCCGGCUUUUCGCAGACUCCACCCAACCUGGGAGAAAGCAGCCGUGUGUACAUCCAGAAAGAAGCCAACCCUACCACCCUCCUUGCUCUGUCUGUAGCUGUUCUGUUUGUUUUCAAGAGCAGUGUCAUUCACAACGAUCCCACAGCCUGGACUAUGAGCCACUGAUGGCUGGAAUGUGUUGUGCAGAUGUUUCUAAGGGAGGGGAGGAAGAAAAUGGAUUCUCUAACACGUUAGGAAGAUCUUUUCGCUCCUGGUUUUUCUCUAGGUCUUUGGAUGAAUCAACUCUGAGGAAACAAAUUGAAAGGGCGAGACCCUUGAAAAAUACAGAAGGUUGGGCCCAAAGCACUAUAUCCAUCCAGCCUUCCCCACACGCCAGUUUAGACUCAGGUCCCCAAGAACCAUUUUCAACAAGGGAGCAAAAUUUAGACGAAGAUGUGUUUGUGGAGAUGUCUCAAAAGCAACUGGAGUGGCCGAGAGCACCAGCCACAAUGAAACAUCUAUGUGGGGACCAACAAGGAGAAGUUAGGAGAAAUGGAGAUGGGAAUUUUCUGGAAGGUGCCAAUACUAGUGAGAAUGGCAUGAAUGCAGGUGAUGUGGAAGAAAGUCCCCCUUCUGCUAGUAGAAUCCUGAGAAGGAUUUCUGCACUUGACUCCACAGAUUCCAACCCAGAGGAGACAAUUUCUGUCGAAGACCAACAGCCCAGUGUUCUGGAUUCCAGAGCCUUUAUGCGCUACUACCAUGUGUUUCGAGAAGGUGAGCUCUAUGGCCUGCUGAAGGAGCACGUGGCAGAGCUGCAUGUUCUGAGCUCUGGGAAUGAUCAUGGCAACUGGUGUAUCAUUGCUGAGAAGAAGGACAAUUAUGACUGACUGGGGCAUUUUAGACAAUUCCUCCAAAAGGUGGACCAUGUUCUUUUCACUGGGUUUAGUUAUGGUUACCUGAAUUUGUGUCCAAUUUUAUUAUUUUUAAUCCAUGUAUGCUUUGGUUUGUAAAGAUGAUGAGUUGGUCAUCUUUUAAAUCUUUGGAUGAACCCAGAGCCUGGCAUGUAAAGCAUUUGACUAAGGGUAUUUGUAAAUUAUUAAUAUAAGACAACUGAAGAAGCAAUAGGAAGUGAACUUCAGUAUUGUCGGGAUCUUCUUUUCCCUGCAAGGUGAAAUUAUUAUGAGGAUACAUGUAUAUCAUUUGUCAGUAUUAGAUGCUGAUUUUAGCCGUUUCUGGGUGUUGACUUUUUUUUAUUACUAUUGAAGGAGGGUCAACAUACGAUGUUAUAUUAGUUUCAGGUGUACAACACAGUGAUCUGACAAUUCCAUACAAGAUUCUGUUUUUAUUUUUAUAAUGAAGGGGGUGGGUGAGUUCUGCUUCUCAGGCUACACUUUAGAUCCAUAUGCAAGAUACCAGGUAAACUCCACUGCGCAGAUGUAAAUGGAAUCACGCGAUACAUUAAUUUGUUGCCAAGGCCUUGCUCUUACUUGAAGUCUUUCAAAAAGUGAGAGAUGGUGGAGAGAGACAAGAAGUGUUACAAGAACUUUUCUGAAUGAUAAGCAGACUUGCUUCCAAAUACACAAAUAACAAGGUUUUCAAUGUUGCACGGAAGGUUUUUAAAGGCACUGUGAGCCUGUAGAGAGUGGUAGGUGUGGGUACUAGACGCCAUGGCAAGUACCCGGGUGGUAUCUUCAUGACCUCAUUCGAAGCAGGAAUGUCUGGUUAAGAUAAGACCAAGGUUGACUAAUGAGGAGUUUUCAUCUAGAAUGAUGCUUUUCUUAUGAACUGAAGGGGUAUUUAGGAAAUGAGAAUCUGGUUGAAGCACCAUUUUAUUUUGGCUCUCAUUAUAAAUACACUGUUAAGGGGCAAGAUAUUUGUCCUUGAUAGAGGAUCUAUUGUUGGAUUGUUUUAAAAAAAAUCUGGGCAUUUAUCUUAUCGAAAGUGACAUUUUAUUAGUUAUAUUAGGGAUUUAGGCAGAAUUAAGCCCUAUUAAUUCAAGGUUGAAUUUCUGCCACUUUGUAGGCAAAUGAAUAGACUGGGUGUUGUAUGGUCACUGCAUCUGUUUAGAUUAAUCGUGGGUCUGUUUAAAUCUACGUCAUGGGUCAGGAGACAGAUAUAAUUAGGAAUUGACAUUUGACAGAAGUCUUUUUAAUUUAUGGACCAUUGUAAUCCUGGACCAAAACUCAAUUCUUGUUUUGUAUAAGAUUUCAUUUGUUUUGGGUUCUUUAUCCCCUCUGUGAUUGUCCUCUAGCUUAAGAUAAUGUUGCUAUUUUCAGAGAAACCUAAAGGAUUAUUUUUAAUGCUUAUCUGAAAAUGACUGAUGUGUUUAUCUCUUUUGGCUUCAAAAUGAGAUCCCAUCAUCACCUUUUUGGUUGGUGAGAUUGUCUGGUGGACCAUAUAUGAGAUAUAGGAUUUGUAGUGUUUGGUACACAGUUUGCAUUAGAGGGACGAUGAAAAUAGACCUAGAAGUGGAAUAUAAAUUAAAGAUUAAUUUAGUGUCUUCCAUUUCUUUGUUUUAAAUUUUAGUUAACAUACAGUGCAAAAUUGCUUUCAGGAGUAGAAUCCAGUGAUUCAUCACUAACAUACAACACCCAGUACUCA